AUGAGUGCUUCCAGCCUCUUUGGCGCUUACAGCCUCUUUGAUUUGAGCCUAUUACACAAAGCCAUCAGCGGCCCCCUUCGUCCUGUCGUCGUCCCUGGGGCGGCGCCGGUCCGGGUGCGCCGUUCGAUGCGGCUGGCGGCGGCGGCGGAUGUCAAAGUCUGCUCGCUGCUUGGCGCGGACGCCCAAAAGGCGGUCGUGUCGACGCCCAAGCGCUCGCGGGUGCAGCCGGUCUGCCCCGGGGCCCCCCGCGCCGUUCGCACCUCGCCCGUGGAGGUCGACGACGAGGUCGUUGUCGGCAAGCUCGUCUUCAAUGUGGUGUCAAAGCCCGCUGUCGUCGUUGCCCCCGUCGUCCCGGCCGCCCCCGUCCGAAUGGUCUCUGCUCCGGUCGCUGCUGUCAAGCCCGUCGAGGCCGCGGUGGCCGUUGCGGUCGGCCAGGAGGUCGCGGUUGACGUUUCCGGCUCCGUGCCGGCGGUUUGCUCUCUUCUUUCCUUCGUUCAGGCUAAACUUCUUCAGUCCGCGCCCCGCACCCCGGUUAAGCGCCGGUGGGGUCGCCCCGUUGCUCCCUGGGCGCCUCAGCAGCAGCGCUUCAGGUCUCAGUCCUCACGGCCACCGCUCGUUAUCCCCAACAGCUACUACGGCGACUACGACGACUCGGCAUCGACACCGGUAUUGACUUCGACCAUCAGCAGCCCGGCACAGCCCGCCCACUCUUCCAUCACCUCUUCCACCUCCGUCAGCAGCAGCAGCAGCAAACUCAGCCCGCCGGUCCAGGCGCCACUGUCGACCGAGCCGCCUCGUACCCCAGCCACCGCGUCGACAUCGUCCUUCUUCGGGGUCCUCGCUUUCAUCUCUGGCUUUGCGCUCGUCGACCUGGCCCUCUCGUCUACCCCUUCGCCUCUAAAAGCCCUCGUCUAUCUUGCGGUCUUCUCGGCACUCCCGGCGGGCUUUAUCUUUUCCCCACGGGCUGUGUGGCACGCGUCCAAUUCGUUAAUACGCCCUGCCGCGCCGCCCGAGGACCCCGACAAGCUGCGACCGUUACUCUUACCCCGCCAACUGUCCGCCAUACGGAGCCCCGGGCCGUGCGCAAGCAAUCCGGCGUCUGCGGAGUGGGAGUGCGCUGGGGGUCGACCAUUCUCCGGGAGCACACCUCGGGCCGGUGCUGUUCACCCUGGGGCGGGCAAUCCUCUUCCGGUCGCGCUGCGGACAGCGCUUGUCGGGGUCCUCACCCCCCUCGUAGCCGGCGCUUACGUCACCUUCACUGACUUGUCCAAACAAUCAUGCUGCUCGCCCGGCGACUCGUUCAGUGAACGCCGGCACGGGACAACAAGCACACGUCAACACGCCCUUUUUUCAUCCACCCGCUGCUGCUGCUGUCUGACGCCUCGACCUCUACGCCAUCCGCCAACACGUGUAUCCUCGGUUCUGCCGCGCCCCCGCCCUCGCUGUCCGCCGUUGGGGCUCCCCAACCUACGUCAUCGCAUCUUCUUCGGCGGCGUGACGCGGAGGUGGUCGGCGUGUUUAGGCCGGGUUCCGCCGUUGUUCGGCGCGUCUCUCCGAAUCUCUUGCGACACGUUCUUGCUCGUUGUUUUGGUAGGAUGCUGCUAUCGACUGCGGACUGGAUUUUUUUGUCUUUUGGGAUGCGACUUCGCUGAUUGGAUAUUGCCUUUUGAUUCGGACUGCUGCUUUUUUCGUGUCUUGACCGCCUUCGCUUCUUUUCUUAUUGCUCCAAUAUGUCGACCUGUCAGACCUUUUCGGCUCGCGGUCACUGGGGGGCCCUCGCGGCAAGGGACCUGGGGCACGUGCCCGGCACCACCUCUCGUCGGCUGCGCCGGCCACCUUCACUCGACUUACGACUUUCGACACACGUUCAUCGCCAGCAUAUGCACCGCGCUCCACGACCCGCCAGAGCUUGACCGUCCGCGAAAUCGGUGCUCGCCGGGGAUUUGA